AGAAAAAAAAAAAAAAUUAUUUCUCAGUCGAAUCUGUUAUGAAUUCAAUGCGAUUUCUAUGAUUUUUAAUUGGAUAGAAUGUUUUAAAUUUGUUUGAUAAAGAUAGUUGACAACGAUUGAGACCAUUACAUUGGCUGUGCAAAAACAAUACUUGAAUCGGCAAUGUCUUUAGAAACAGUUCCUAAAGACUUAAGAGGUCUCCGUGCAUGCUUAGUUUGCUCAUUAAUUAAGACAUUUGACCAAUUUGAAUAUUAUGGUUGCGACAAUUGCGAUGAAUUUCUCCGUAUGAAAAGUAAUAAAGACAAUGUGUACGACUGUACAAGUAAUAAUUUUGAUGGUAUGAUUGCUGUAAUGAGCCCUGAAGAUAGUUGGGUGUGUAAAUGGCAAAGAAUAAGUAGAUUCUGUAAGGGGGUUUAUGCAAUAUCAGUAUCAGGACGGCUUCCAGCUGGAGUAAUAAGAGAAAUGAAAAGUAGAGGAAUUGUUUACAGAUCUAGAGACACCAGUCAGCGAUAACAAUAUUGAAUAAGUUAUUAAUGUAAAGAUGAUAAAAUAAAUAAUUAUAUUUCAGUGAA